AUGCCGCGGGAAAUUAUUACUCUUCAGGCAGGGCAAUGCGGCAAUCAGGUCGGGUCUGAGUUUUGGCGGCUACUGUGCGCUGAACAUGGUAUUCGUCAUGAUGGUAUUGUGGAACCCUUUGCAAGUGCUGGCGACGAUCGAAAAGACGUCUUUUUUUACCAGGCAGACGACGAUCACUACAUUCCUCGUGCACUUCUUAUUGACUUGGAGCCACGUGUGAUCAAUGCCAUUCAACGCGGAAGCAUGCAUCGUCUCUUUAACCCAGAAAAUGUUUACAUCCACGCGGAGGGAGGUGGUGCCGGAAAUAACUGGGCACAUGGGUAUGAAUUGGGUGAUACUGUGCAAGAUACACUGUUUGACAUGAUUGAGCGUGAGGCUGAGAACAGCGACAGCCUGGAGGGCUUUGUGCUUACGCAUAGCAUCGCCGGUGGCACAGGCAGUGGCAUGGGAAGCUACCUGCUUGAGCACCUCAACGACCGGUUUCCAAAGAAACUCAUUCAGACAUAUAGUGUUUUUCCAAAUCAGUCGCGUGGUGGAGACAGCGAUGUCAUUGUCCAGCCGUAUAACAGUUUGUUAGCAAUCAAACGACUUACGCUGCAUGCCGAUUGCGUCGUUGUUUUGGAUAACACAGCUCUGAAUCGCAUUGCCACAGACAACCUACAUAUUUCAUCACCCACAGUUGAACAGAUGAAUGGAUUAGUGAGCACCGUUAUGGCAGCCUCUACUGCAACGUUACGCUAUCCCGGGUAUAUGAAUAAUGACCUCAUGAGUAUGCUGGCUUCGUUGAUUCCCACCCCACGUUGCCACUUUAUAUGUACCGGAUACACACCCACCACGCUGGACACUUCAAAUAUUCAGUCUUCUGUACAGAAGACCUCUGUACACGACGUCAUGCGACGGCUUUUGAUGCCCAAGAACAUGAUGGUUUCAACUUCCAUGAAAAGUGGCUGCUACAUCUCCUUGCUGAACCUCAUUCAAGGCGAUGUCGACCCGGCGCAGGUACACCGUUCACUUGAGCGUAUCCGUGAGCGUUCGCCUAACUUCAUCCCAUGGGGACCUGCGUCUAUUCAGGUGAUUCUGUCAAGGAAGUCGCCUUACUUAGACACACGGCAUCGUGUGAGUGGACUUGUGAUGGCAAAUCACACCAGCAUAAAUUCUCUCUUCCAGCGAACACUUAAGCAGUUUGACUUGCUCUUUAACCGUGGUGUCUUCCUGGAGCAGUAUAAGCGAUACGGUCCCAUGAAGGAGAAUCUCGACGAAUUUAAGCACUCCAGGGAGGUUCUGGAGAGCCUGGUGAGUGAGUACAAGGCUUGCGAGAGCUCUGAUUACAUCCGCAACUUUUAG